UGUCAAGUUUAUCGCGUUCUACACGGUUUGUUUGUAAACACUUCCAAUUAUCCGAACGAUCUUAAUAGGAAGAUUAACGAUAAUCCAUUCGUUUGAUCGUAAAGCAUUACGCGAGUAACUCGUCUCAUCUCUCCGCGAAACCAUUCAUGACAGAAACUUCAAAUACCUAUCUACGUGUUUCUUGGUUAAAACAUAAUACGUGGCAUGUUCGAGCCAAGUUCAGGAUAAAAGCAGGAUAAAUCGUCUGAGUUGACGGAAUUUGCCAAAAUGUUGCAGAUGGUAUGGAUAUGGUGUUUGCUUGUGUCAGUGCCAGAUUUGACAUUGGCCCUUGAAAAUGGUCUGGCGAAAACACCACCGAUGGGCUGGCUUGCCUGGGAACGAUUUAGGUGUAACACAGAUUGCAAAAAUGAUCCUGACAAUUGUAUCAGUGAUCGGCUCUUUCGCACAAUGGCAGACAUUCUUGUAGCAGAGGGCUAUGCUGCAGUUGGAUAUGAGUAUGUUAAUGUUGAUGACUGUUGGUUAGAAAAAGAUAGAGAUGCUCAUGGUCAGCUGGUACCAGACAGACAAAGAUUUCCAUAUGGGAUGAAAAGUCUUUCAAAUUAUAUUCAUUCAAAAGGUCUGAAGUUUGGAAUUUAUGAAGAUUUUGGUAACUACACAUGUGCUGGUUACCCUGGUAUAUUGGGAUACUUGGAAACAGAUGCGCUUACAUUUGCAUCUUGGGAUGUCGAUUAUGUAAAAUUAGAUGGCUGUUAUUCUCAUCCGUCUGAAAUGGACAGAGGGUACCCCGAAUUUGGUUACUAUUUAAAUCAAACUGGUCGACCUAUGAUAUAUUCUUGCAGUUGGCCAGUUUAUCAGAUUUAUUCUGGAAUGCAGCCAAACUAUACUGCCAUAACCCAACACUGUAAUCUUUGGAGGAAUUUUGAUGAUAUUCAAGAUUCCUGGAACAGCUUAGAAACUAUCAUAGAUUAUUAUGGUAACAACCAAGAUGGGAUCGUGCAGAAUGCUGGACCCGGCCACUGGAACGAUCCCGAUAUGUUAAUUAUCGGUAACUUCGGGUUGAGUUACGAGCAGAGCAAAACGCAAAUGGCGUUGUGGGCUAUCCUGGCCGCGCCUCUGUUAAUGUCCGUUGAUCUACGAACGAUCAGACACGAAUAUAAAGCCAUUUUACAGAAUAGAAAAAUUAUUGCUGUGGAUCAGGAUCCACUGGGCAUACAGGGUCGACGUAUCUACAAACAUAAAGGCAUUGAAAUCUGGGCGAGGCCGAUAACUCCGGUCUAUCAGAAUUACUACUCUUACGCCAUAGCGUUCGCGAAUAGGAGAACGGACGGCACACCGUCCGAUGUGUCCGUUACAUUAAAGGAACUUGGACUCCAGUAUCCCGGAGGAUACAGCGUGGAGGACUUAUACGAAGAUGUGAACUACGGCGUGUUGACCCCACAAACGAAAAUAAAAGUCAAAGUGAAUCCAUCCGGCGUUGUGAUACUACGGUGCGACUUGCACUUAGAAGAUGUUUUCGACACGAAUCAAUUUUCCCAAUUCACGCCGUCGAAUCAACUGUUCAAAGUUAGAGAAAAUUCGUUCAAGUGAUACGAAUUAAACAAUUAACGAAUUUCUAACUGUAAUUUACCAUUUUUUUAUAAUAUUUGACAACACAAUGUUACCAUACUUUGUUAAGAAAGUAGAAAAUAAAGAAUUUUAUAAUCUACAAGCCUUC